CGGAGGUGCCACUUGGCCUCCGAGACAGCGGUGGGGGCGGGCGAGUGGGUGAGGGCAGGCACGCAUCGGCCCCGCAGGUCCCCCGCGCCCUUUCCCCACGGACGCGGCCCGCGCCAGGUCUCCCCUUCGCGAGGAGCCGCCUCGGCACCCGCUGCUUUCCCCCCCCCCCCCUCCCCCUGGGGGCAGUGGGGUGCAGGGGAAGGUCCCGCUGCCUCAGGGACCGGACAGAAAGCAGCGAAAUGGAUGACUUCCGCUCUAUCUGCCUGCUGUCUCUGGCCAUGCUGGUCGCCUGCUAUGUGGCAGGAAUUAUCCCUUUGGCAGUUAAUUUUUCCGAGGAGAGAUUAAAGUUGGUGACUGUUCUGGGUGCUGGGCUGCUGUGUGGAACUGCCUUGGCUGUCAUUGUGCCAGAAGGAGUACAUGCACUUUAUGAAGACAUUUUGGAGGGGAAGCAUCACGCAGCGAGCGAGAUGCAGCACGUGAUUGAGUCUGAGAAGGUAGCGGAAAUCCCGGUUGUACAUGAGUACGGCCAUGACCAUUCCAGGUUGCAUGCCUACAUUGGUGUAUCCCUUGUCCUCGGCUUUGUCUUCAUGCUGUUGGUGGAUCAGAUAGGCAGCUCUCAUGUGCACUCUACAGAUGAUCCAGAAGCGGCAAGAUCAGGCAACUCCAAAAUCACCACAACGCUGGGACUGGUAGUCCAUGCUGCAGCUGAUGGUGUUGCAUUGGGUGCAGCAGCUUCUACUUCUCAGACUAGUGUCCAGUUGAUAGUGUUUGUUGCGAUUAUGUUGCACAAGGCACCAGCUGCUUUUGGCCUGGUUUCCUUCCUGAUGCAUGCUGGGCUGGAACGGAAUCGAAUUAGAAAACACUUGCUGGUCUUUGCGUUGGCAGCACCUGUUAUGUCCAUGGUGACAUACUUAGGGCUAAGCAAGAGCAGCAAAGAAGCCCUUUCAGAAGUCAAUGCCACCGGAGUUGCUAUGCUGUUUUCUGCUGGGACAUUUCUUUAUGUUGCCACAGUUCAUGUCCUCCCAGAAGUAGGAGGAAUUGCUCAUAGCCACAAACCUGAAUCAACUGGAGGAAAAGGACUCAGUCGUCUGGAGGUGGCAGCCCUAGUAGUAGGAUGCCUUAUUCCUCUGGUUUUGUCCAUUGGACACCAUCACUAAACGCUCAAAUUUCACGGUUCUCCUCCUCGAUCUGACAUGAGCAGUAAAUGUCGGCUGCUCCCUUUAUCAUUGUCUCUUACCCAUCAUCCAUCCCAUCCACUUUAUGGAGUUCAGAGGGAACGUUGAUUGCAAAAUGAGGAAUACUGGUCAAGUUUUUAGUGUAGCAAAAUGUACUUUGGCAGCCGGACAUAAAUUCUAGGUAACUUUCUUUUCUGAAGACAUUUGCUAUUUUAAUUGUUACUUCUGGCCCUAUUCUCAGGGAAGAUGGAGUUUGGAGUUUAAGCAAGGUGAGCAGGGAAGAACAUUGUGACUCGUCAUGAAAUUGCAAUCACCAAAGUAUCCUGCAAUUUGGCUUUCAUAGCUGAGAGCAAAAGCAGAGGAUGGCUGCCUUGAGAGGUUGAAGUCUUACUAAUGAAGAAGGGGGCUCUCCCCCAUCGGUUCUAUGUUGUUCUGACGAUGCAACUGGUCCAUGUAAUGUUUGUCACUAAUUGUAUUGCAAAAAUGGGCUACACUUGGCGUUCUGGACAGCACUGCUAUUGUCACAGAAGUGUCACUGCUAGGAAAGAAACGAUGUAGAUGAAGUGUAGGAUUAGAGUAGGAAAUCAGCUGGUUAUGAAAGUGCAAACAAAUUUUGCUGUGUAUUCCAUUAUUUAAGAAAAGGAUAGAAGCAAGAAGAAUAUUGUUUUGAUUGUUUAUGCAAUUUUUAAUAAAUUUUAAAAAGGCAGUAUUUCUUGGGAGAUGGUCUUCUGCCAAGUCAGUAAAGCGUAGGCAUCAAAAAUGUUAGCAGGAAUUGGGUAUUGGGUACUGUGAUUACACUACUGCUACUGUUGAGAGAGAUAUCCAUAGUGUCCUUUGAAAUUGAGCUGUUCUGGGCUCUGAGGAGUAGAAACCUGAUGGAGACAGCUGUUGAGGGACCAGGGAACUUUACUAGCUCAUUUUCAAAAAUGAACUGCUGAAAUCAGUGGGGACGUGGGUUUUUUUCAUUAAAUGAAAGGUAUUAAGGCUAACAAAAUAGAUGUUUAGUUAAAUAUUUAUGCUGCAGAUAGAGUACAAAGAGUUUCUAAAGCAGUUCUAAAAAAAAAAAAAACCAAAAAAAAAAAACC